AUGGUCUCUGAUACAGGUGACUCUAAGGUUCACCUGAGUGAUCCAGCACCCACCAGCCCCUGGCGGAGCCACCAUCGAGCUCUUCGCAAACCACACCCCUGUAACCACAGAGACCUCUGCUGCCGACGCAAUCCUACCUGCGUUUUCCCUACGCCUUGGAACCCUGUUGGUUGUCACAGCAACCAGACAGGGCUACGUGCCAAAUUCCGCCCCUGGAGACCCACCAGACUGCCCGUGUUUUCCUCUCUCAGUCUGGAGCUGCUACCAGAGAGAGCUGCCACUCUGAUGGUGUAUGAAGACCUGAUACACAUUAACUCUGGAUCCCAAGGAUCGAGGGGUCAGUCCUGGGUUCAGUUCCAGCGUCGAGCCCUGAGCCUCCCUCUCAACUCGUCCUACAGCAACCUCACUGCCCUGCUGACUGUGGCCAACAACCCCAGCCACAUCCAGCACUUCCCAUACCUGCAGGGCCUGGGGGGCAACGGAACAGGUACCUCCACUGGGACUGGGACAGACUGGGACCAGACUUAGGUGGAAUACACUGUUGGUACUAUUCUAUUGGUGCCGUUGUAUCUGACAAACUAAAUCAAUUAUUUGAUAGUAUUUG